GUUUUUGUCGUUGGCUCUGUCUCUGUUUCUGUGGGUUGAUUUCUCUCUCUCUCUCUCUCUCUCUCUCUCAACCCUUCGCUUUCUCUAAAUUCUCGAGAUUGAGGUAUUGAUAAAGACCAGCAAAUCCCUGUUCAAAACUCUUCUUCUUCAACUUGGCCUUUUUUUCCCAAACAGUUCUCAAAUCCCUUUUGCGAAACAGAGAGAGAUAAAACACUAAACUGAUGAGUGAGAGAGGAGGCUCUCUUGGAGGAGAGAGAGCCUACCCGGUCAUGCAAAAACUACAGAAUAUUUCUCUCUAAAAACUGUUUCUUAAAGAUUUCUUUCCGGGUUUGUUGAUCUCUGUAAAAAAUGGCACUUUCGAUGCACAGAGAGUCAAACAGUAGUGGGAACAGACAACAGAUGGAUUCGAGCAAGUACGUGAGGUAUACGCCUGAGCAAGUGGAGGCAUUAGAGAGGGUUUAUACUGAAUGCCCCAAACCCAGCUCUAUGAGAAGGCAGCAGCUCAUUAGGGAGUGUCCCAUUCUCUCUAACAUUGAGCCUAAACAGAUCAAAGUCUGGUUUCAGAACCGCAGAUGCCGUGAAAAGCAGAGGAAGGAAUCUUCUCGUCUCCAGACUGUAAACAGGAAGCUGACUGCAAUGAACAAGCUGCUGAUGGAGGAGAAUGAUCGCUUACAGAAGCAGGUCUCGCAUCUUGUUUAUAACAAUGGAUACAUGCGCCAGAAACUGCACACUGUAUCCACCACUGCAACCACUGACGGUAGCUGUGAGUCUGUGGUCGUGAGUGAUCAACACCAACAGCAAAACCCAACGCCUCAGCAUCCUCAAAGGGAUGCCAACAACCCAGCUGGUCUUCUCGCAAUAGCUGAGGAGACUUUGGCAGAGUUCCUUUCUAAGGCUACUGGAACUGCUGUCGAUUGGGUUCAGAUGAUUGGGAUGAAGCCUGGUCCGGAUUCUAUUGGCAUCGUUGCUGUUUCCCGCAACUGUAGUGGGGUAGCAGCACGAGCCUGCGGUCUUGUGAGCCUAGAGCCCACGAAGGUUGCUGAAAUCCUUAAAGAUCGUCCAUCUUGGUUUCGCGACUGCCGCUGUCUUGAUGUAUUGGGGGCAAUCCCCACCGAAAAUGGAGGGAUGAUGGAGCUAAUAUAUAUGCAGACUUACGCACCAACAACAUUGGCAGUGGCUCGUGACUUUUGGACACUGAGAUAUACUACAAGUUUACCCGAUGGCAGUCUUGUGAUUUGUGAGAGGUCUUUGACUUCUUCCACUGGUGGGCCCACGGGGCCUCCUGCUACAUGUUUUGCAAGGGCUGAAAUGCUACCUAGUGGUUAUCUGAUACGCCCAUGUGAUGGUGGGGGCUCCAUUAUUCACAUUGUAGAUCACAUUGACUUGGAUGCCUGGAGUGUCCCUGAAGUUCUGAGGCCACUCUAUGAGUCCUCCAAAAUCCUUGCACAGAAAAUGACAAUGGCGGCCUUGCGACACAUUCGACAAAUUGCCCUGGAAACCAGCGGCGAAAUUCAGUAUAGUGGGGGCCGCCAACCUGCUGUAUUAAGGACCUUUAGCCAGAGAUUGAGCAGGGGUUUCAAUGAUGCUAUUAAUGGGUUUAUGGAUGAUGGUUGGUCGAUAGUCGCCGGUGACGGUGUGGAGGAUGUGACCAUUGCGAUAAACUCUUCUCCAAACAAAUUUCUGGGAUCUCAAUAUAACUCAUUGGCAAUGCUCCCAAGCUUUGGUGGAGUCUUGUGUGCAAAAGCCUCGAUGCUUCUGCAGAAUGUUCCCCCAGCUUUGCUUGUUCGUUUCCUAAGGGAGCAUAGGGCUGAGUGGGCUGACUAUGGGGUUGAUGCUUACUCUGCUGCGUGUCUUAAAACGAGUCCUUAUGCGGUUCCUUGUGCAAGACCUAGUGGCUUCGCUAGUAACCCGGUUAUAUUACCUCUUGCCCAUACUGUGGAACAUGAGGAGUUUCUGGAGGUCGUACGCCUAGAGGGUCAUGCCUUCUCCCCCGAGGAUAUAGCUCUGUCACGAGAUAUGUACUUAUUACAGUUAUGCAGUGGGGUUGAUGAGAACGCAGCUGGUGCCUGUGCUCAGCUUGUCUUUGCUCCUAUUGAUGAAUCUUUUGCUGAUGAUGCUCCUUUGCUGCCUUCCGGUUUCCGUGUCAUACCAUUGGAUCCGAAAUCAGAUGGGCCCACUGCAACUCGAACUUUGGAUUUAGCGUCUACCCUCGAAGUCGGCCAUGGUGGAGUUCGUCCUGCAGGUGAAUCUGAUUCAGGCGGUUACAAUCAGCGGUCAGUUCUGACUAUUGCGUUUCAGUUUACUUUUGAAAACCACUUUCGGGACAAUGUCGUGGCAAUGGCUCGCCAAUAUGUACGUAAUGUGGUGGGGUCUGUUCAGAGGGUAGCCAUGGCUAUUUCUCCCUCACCGUGCGGUUCCCAUUUGGGGCCAAAACCACUGCCGGGUUCCCCUGAGGCUCUUACUUUGGCCCAGUGGAUUUGCAGGAGUUACAGAAUUCAUACUGGGGGAGAGCUCCUUCGGGUUGACUCUCAAAGGGGUGACGCUGUCUUGAAACAACUUUGGCACCAUUCAGAUGCAAUAAUGUGCUGCUCUGUCAAAUCGAAGGCAUCUGCAGUUUUCACUUUUGCAAACCAGGCAGGGCUUGAUAUGCUUGAAACUACUCUUGUGUCCCUUCAGGACAUAAUGCUCGAUAAGAUUCUCGAUGAAGCUGGUCAGAAGAUUCUACUCUCCGAGUUUCCAAAGAUCAUGCAACAGGGAUUUGCUUAUUUACCUGCGGGGAUAUGUGUAUCGAGCAUGGGGAGGCCAGUGUCUUAUGAGCAAGCCAUUGCGUGGAAAGUUCUCGACGACAACGAUUCCUAUCACUGCCUGUCUUUCAUGUUCCUGAACUGGUCUUUUGUUUAAGGGAAAAACUUAUCUUUAAAGACUUUAGCAUUAGCUGUCUCUCUCACUCUCUUGCUCUAAGUUAUAUAUAUGUUUGACUUCAGCAUUAGCUAACUCCUUAAGUUAUGUUUAUGUCUAUUUUGUUGAAUUCUCGAUGGACAUGUGAAUUAGAUCAUGGAAGUAUCUGGUGAAAACCUGGUCUAUCAAUCUGUAUACCAACUUGUGUU